AUCACUCUGCGUUUAGAUGAAGUAGAGAGAUUCAAGAGCAUUGUUUCUCCAGCGCAAUAUUUCCCCAACAUCUUUGUUAGUCCCUCUUUAGUUUGUCUAGUAUAAAUCAACAUAUUUUGUGUUUUAUAUGAAUGAAAAUUGGGGCAAUUUAUGAGGCAUAGAGGACAGAUAUAGAAGAUGCUUUACAUGAAAAAGUAGGCCCCAAAAGAGACUUAAUGCUUUACCCAAAAAAUGUCACUGAUUACUGUCUUGAAAACACCAAGAUCAUGAUACGAAAAGUAAAGAAACAUGGCUGCCGCAGCAGUUUCAGUGGGAGAAAAAGAUUAGCAGUUUAAAACACCAAUACAGAUAAGUGAAGGAACGAAGGAAUAAGAAUCUUUGCAUAAUUUUUUUUUUAAAGAGACUUGUGCAUAAGACUUCCUUGUAUUUCACGGUCUCAAACCCGAGAGAGUUUAAACUUCAUGUCUCCACUUUCGAGAGUCCAAAAUUACCAUUGUCCUCUAGAGUUUUGCUCUCUGAGUACCUGUAACCUCCCUCUGUUGCAUAAGCAACAACAUUGGAGAAUGAAAAUUAAUUUUAGCACAGGACACAACUGACCAGAGUUUUUGCGGCAACCAGAAAUUUUGAGAGCCGAGGUUUCCAAAGGAAGGACACAUACGCAAUGGGUUCCCAAGCUGCUUCAAAGCCAAAAGAACAAGAAGAUUACAAGUUGAAGGACACAAAACCUGAGCUGGGAGAAAAAUGGCCUCAUGGCGGACAACGAGGAGGAAGUGGAUGGAUUGCGAGCGACAGGGCCACCAGCACUUACGACCUCGUGGAACAGAUGUUCUAUCUCUAUGUUCGAGUUGAGAAAGCCAAAAACCUACCUCCAAAUCCUGUGACUGGAAAUUGUGACCCUUACGUAGAAGUCAAGGUCGGUAACUACAAGGGCAAAACAAGACACUUCGAGAAGAAGAGCAACCCCGAGUGGAAACAGGUUUUUGCAUUCUCCAAGGAAAAGAUACAAUCUUCAGUAGUUGAAGUGUUUGUCAGAGACAAAGAGAUGGUGUCCAGAGAUGAAUACAUCGGAAAAGUCGAAUUUGACAUGCAUGAAGUCCCAACCAGAGUCCCCCCUGAUAGCCCUCUGGCUCCUCAGUGGUACAGACUAGAGCACAGAAGAGGGGAUGAAAAGGUGAAAGGAGAAGUGAUGCUAGCAGUUUGGAUGGGAACACAAGCUGACGAAGCAUUUCCUGAUGCAUGGCAUUCAGAUGCCGCUUCAGUACAAGGUGAGGGAGUUUAUUCAAUUCGAUCUAAGGUUUAUGUUUCACCAAAGCUGUGGUAUCUCAGAGUAAAUGUGAUUGAAGCUCAGGAUGUAGAGCCAAACGAUAAAAGCCAACCACCCCAAGCAUUUGUGAAGGCUCAAGUUGGAAAUCAGGUGCUCAAGACCAAGGUAUGUCCUACAAAAACAACUAAUCCGCUCUGGAACGAGGAUCUCCUGUUUGUGGCAGCAGAGCCGUUUGAAGAACAACUGGUGCUGACUGUGGAGAACAAGAUAGGAUCUUCAAAAGAUGAAAUUGUGGGGAGGAUAAGCAUCCCACUCAAUAAAUUCGAGAAGCGUUUGGAUCACCGUCCAGUUCAUUCUUACUGGUACAAUCUAGAAAGUUUUGGUUUUGGUGCUUUGGAGGGAGACAAGAGGCAUGAGCUCAAAUUCUCUACUAGGAUUCACCUCAGAGUGUGUCUUGAAGGUGGCUACCAUGUAUUGGAUGAAUCGACGUUAUACAUAAGCGAUACAAAACCAACCGCGAGACAGCUAUGGAAGCAACCGGUUGGAAUUUUGGAAGUAGGAAUAUUAAGCGCUCAAGGGCUCCAACCUAUGAAGACAAAGGACGGAAAAUCCACUACCGAUGCUUAUUGUGUUGCCAAGUAUGGACAGAAAUGGGUCAGAACAAGAACCAUCACUGACAGCUCAAACCCCAAAUGGAAUGAGCAGUACAUGUGGGAAGUGUACGACCCUUGCACUGUGGUAACCUUGGGAGUUUUUGACAACUGCCAUUUGGGAGGGAAUGAGAAGCCGUUAUCAGGAAGUGGAGCCAAAGUUGACUCCAGAAUAGGAAAGGUAAGAAUUCGCCUAUCAACACUUAUAAUGGAUAGGAUAUACACUAACUCCUAUCCUUUGCUUGUUCUACGUCCUUCUGGACUGAAGAAGACGGGUGAGCUUCAAUUAGCUAUUAGAUUUACUUGUCUCUCCUUAGCUCACAUAAUUUACCUUUACGGGCAACCAUUACUCCCCAAAAUGCAUUAUCAGCAUCCAUUCACAGUGAACCAGCUAGACAGUUUGAGAUUCCAGGCGAUGAACAUUGUAGCAGUAAGGCUUGGGAGAGCAGAGCCACCCCUGAGGAAAGAGGUUGUGGAGUACAUGCUAGACGUGGACUCUCACAUGUGGAGCUUGAGGAGAAGCAAAGCUAAUUUCUUUAGAGUGGUAUCAGUAUUUUCAAGCGCAAUAGCCAUGAGCAAGUGGCUUGAAGAAGUUAAAAAAUGGAAGAACCCAGUGACGUCAAUUCUGGUACACAUCCUGUUCUUCAUAUUAAUCUGCUACCCUGAACUGAUCCUGCCCACUAUCUUCCUGUACAUGUUUGUGAUCGGAAUAUGGAACUUCCGGUUCAGGCCAAGACAUCCUCCCCACAUGGAUACAAAACUUUCAUGGGCAGAAGCAGCACAGGCUGAUGAACUAGAUGAAGAGUUCGAUACUUUUCCAACAUCGAAGUCUCAGGACGUAGUGAAAAUGAGGUAUGACAGGCUGAGGAGCGUGGCGGGAAGAAUACAAACAGUGGUGGGAGAUAUUGCAACACAAGGUGAGAGAUUUCAAGCGCUGCUGAAUUGGAGAGACCCUAGAGCGACGUGUUUGUUUGUGAUGUUCUGCUUGGUUGCGGCGGUGGCUCUAUACAUAACACCUUUCAAGAUGAUCGCGGCUCUCGCCGGAAUUUACUGGCUCCGCCACCCCAGGUUUCGCAGCAAACUGCCUUCCGCUCCGAGCAAUUUCUUCAGGAGAUUGCCUUCUCGUGCCGACACAAUGCUUUAAAGCACCAUCGUUGUCUUCUUUCUUCUUCUUCUUCUUCUUUCGGGUUGGGUGAUGGAUUUUAUAGUCAUUAGAUUUGAUAUCAUUCACGUUACUUGGCGCUGGAGGAUCACUCGGCAGCGCUAUUUUUUUUUUUUUUUUAAUGAUGAAUUUGUCUUUCGAGACGGAGAAAGAUUUCUCCUGUUGCCUCUGGCUCAUGUAAGCCACCGUUAAUUAAUCAUCAAUCUAUACAAAGCUUAUCUUAUUAAAAAAAAAAAAAUU